GAGAGAGAUGGCUGUUUUUAGUUGUGCAAUCUUCCCAGUGAACUCUUCCGUGCAGAAGCCUUCCCUCUCUCAGAAAUUUGAACACUUGAAGACUUCACCUCCUCCUUCUUUCAAGCCGCUCCUUAAGGAGUUGCAUGAUGUUCCCAUGAGAAUCAAUGUCCCCAAAAUUGUCAAGAACACUUCCCUGAGAUUACUGGAUGCCUUUGUUGAUUCGGUGUUCGAAUUUAUUGAUCAGCCCUUGCUACCAUCUCAGAGCAACUUUGCUCCAGUUGAAGAAAUAGGAGAAGCAGUUCAUAUUACCAGUAUUGAAGGGAGGAUUCCAGAUGACUUUCCUGAGGGUGUCUACAUAAGAAAUGGCCCAAAUCCCCUUUUUGGAGGACUUAAAUCAACCAGAUCCAUGUUCGGCAGAUCAAGCAGAAUUUGGGUAGAAGGAGAAGGAAUGCUUCAUGCUCUAUAUUUUGAGAGAGAUGGUGAUGGCAACUGGAAUGUCUUAUACAAGAACAAGUAUGUUCGAUCAGAGACUUUUAAAUUAGAGGAACAAAUAAACAAGCCUUUGUUUCUUCCUGCAGCUGAAGGGGAUUCACUGUCUAUUUUGUCAGCUCUUCUGCUAAAUUCGUUGAGAUUUGGCAAAGUGAACAAAGACAUUAGCAACACCAUUGUUUUUGAGCAUUCAGGGAGGUACUUUGCUGUUUCUGAGAAUCAUUUGCCUCAAGAGAUUGACAUCCACACUCUAGAAACUUUAGGGCAGUGGGAUGUGAAUGGAGCUUGGACUCGACCUUUCACCAGUCACGCGAAGAAAGAUCCAGGCACAGGGGAGCUGGUUCUAAUGGGGAUUGAUGCAAAGAAACCUUUCUAUGAACUGGGUAUAAUUUCAGCUGAUGGAAAGAAAUUAGUUCAUAAAGUGGAUCUGAAAUUCAAGAGGUGUAGCUUCUGCCAUGAUAUAGGUGUUACACGAAGGUAUAAUGUGAUCAUUGAUUUUCCUCUAAUCAUAGACAUAAAAAGACUAUUUGCAGGAGGCCCAUUGUUAAAGUAUGAAACAGAAGGAUAUGCAAGAAUCGGUGUAAUGCCACGUUAUGGGGAUGCAAAUUCAGUCAAAUGGUUCGACCUGGAACCAUGUAUGGCAUUUCAUGUUCUUAACUGUUUUGAGGAUGGGAAUGAGGUUGUAGUUUGGAUGUGCAGAGCUCCCGGAUCAGUUCUUCCGGGACCAGAUCUAGGCCGGGACAAAUUUGAGUGGUUCUCCAGGGGAUUUAAACAUCUAAAUUCAAUUGGAGAAAAUGAGGCCAGUUCCUCACAAGAUGGACUGUUUUUUACUUCUUGUUAUGAGUGGAGACUGAACAUGCAAACUGGAGAGACUAAGGAAAGGAAUCUGACAGGAACCAAGUUCUCAAUGGAUUUUCCUAUGAUAAAUGAAAAAUUUGUGGGUAUUAAGAACAAAUAUGGCUACACCCAAGUCGUUGAUUCCAUUGCAAGCUCUGCUUCAGGCAUGGGUAAAUAUGGGGGGCUAGCAAAGCUAUACCUCCUAGAACUAGAAAGCCAGAGGGAAAGAUGUCCAAAAGAGUUUAUAAAGGCCGAGUAUCAUCAGUUUCCAAAAAAUACCUUUUGCACUGGGGCUACAUUUGUCCCUAAACAUGAAGGAGCAGAAGAAGAUGACGGUUGGAUUGUCACAUUUGCUCACAAUGAAGAUACUCAUACAUCUUAUGUAAGCCUUAUAAUUGAUACGAAGAAGUUUAGCAGUGACCCAGUGGCCAAAAUUACAAUGCCUAGCCGAGUGCCCCAUGGUUUUCAUGGAGCUUUCUUCAUGUCAAUGCCCUCGCAACAUUAACGAGACACCAAAGCCCUAUGCAACAAAAAUUCCUGUACAAAUGUACAUGUAGUUAAUGUACUAUAAUGGUGGGAUAUUUUGUAAGAAAAAUUUGAUUUCUUUGUUUUCAUGCAAAGAGAACAAGUUCCACAAUUCCAGCAUGUUCAAUACUUCACUUUGAAGGUGUAGAGAAAAUCAUUCAAAAGA